GUUUUCUCUCUGACGUCCUCUCCCUUCGUAUUUGGCUGGGUGUUGCUGUGGGACGUUCCCGUCUGUCUGUUUCCUUUCCUCUGUUCUUUCUCAUGGCUUCAUUUGAUAAUCCACUUGUAAUUUUCCCUGGACUUGUCAAGCCAUUAGCUCUCUGUUAAUGUUUGCUGUGCUAAGUCAGUCCAUCCCAUUGUCUUAUGUAAAAGGACUUGGUAGCAAACAAUGUCGCUGUUUAGUACGACAUAUGAUGUAGAUGUGACACAGACUGGCAGGAAUGACAUUGGUCUGUUUUAACCUUCACUGUUCUUUGCUCUUAAUUCAAAUCAGUUUAUCAAGAAAAGAAACGUGCAGGUGCAGAUAAGAGAUACACCAGUCUACGCAUGGUCCGUGAUAGCAGUGAGACUGCAGUUAUGUGUGUGACCUGGCUAGGGGUGACAUUGUUGCUACUUGAGUUAACACUUUACGCAGGCUGCCUAAUUGAAAUGUGCAUGCGUGUGUCCAGAGGCGAGUGUGCGCAUGUGCAUAUGAAAAAGGGGAGUUUCGGGUAUAAAAGGCUUUUCCUGAAAAUCUGUCUUGUUUCUGUGUGUGUGUGUGAGUGAGAUACACGGUGUGCAUUCGUGAAGCGGACGCUGACUGCCAAAAUUCCGGGGGUGAAGAAGGAUCGAGUGGUCUGGACCUCCAUUGAUUUAGGAGAGCAGUCCCCUGUCACACCUGCAACCAUGAGUAAAAAGGAUACGUACGACAUGUUCGAGAUGAAUGGGGAGAUGGACAAGAAGAAGAAAAAGAUGAAAAAGAAGGAGAAACUGGAGGGCAUGAAGAAGGAAAUGGAUAUAGACGACCAUGAGAUUACAUUUCAAGAGUUAGAAAUGAGGUACACCACAAAUGUCAACAAGGGUCUGACCUCCACCUUUGCCGGUCAGGUCUUGGAGAGAGAUGGUCCUAAUGAGCUGAAGCCCCCGAAAGGAACUCCAGAGUACGUGAAGUUUGCCAGGCAGCUGGCUGGAGGCCUGCAGUGUCUGAUGUGGGUCGCAGCCGUCAUCUGCUUCAUCGCCUUUGGAAUUGAACUGGCAAGAGGGAACCUCACCAGCUUUGAUGAUCUGUACUUGGCCAUCACCCUAAUUGCUGUUGUCGUGGUAACUGGAUGCUUUGGCUACUACCAAGAGUUCAAAAGUACCAACAUCAUUGCCAGCUUCAAGAAUCUGGUGCCACAACAAGCCAUGGUGAUACGCGAUGGCCAGAAGAACCAGAUCAACGCCAACCAACUCGUGGUGGGAGAUUUGGUGGAGAUCAAAGGAGGAGACAGAGUUCCUGCUGACAUUCGGAUCAUCACCGCUCAGGGCUGCAAGGUUGAUAACUCAUCACUGACUGGAGAGUCUGAACCACAAACCAGGAGUCCCGAUUGUACUCAUGAAAACCCACUGGAGACCAGAAACAUUGCAUUCUUUUCUACAACCUGUCUGGAAGGUGUGGCCACUGGUAUAAUCAUCAACACAGGCGACCGCACCAUCAUCGGUCGCAUCGCCAGCUUGGCGAGCGGCGUCGGCAACGAGAAGACGCCCAUUGCCAUAGAAAUUGAGCACUUUGUGGACAUCAUUGCCGGCCUCGCAAUCUUUUUCGGGUUCACCUUCUUCGUGGUUGCCAUGUUCAUCGGUUAUGCGUUCCUGGAAGCCAUGAUCUUCUUUAUGGCUAUUGUGGUGGCUUAUGUGCCGGAGGGACUACUCGCUACAGUUACUGUGUGUCUAUCUCUGACUGCUAAACGACUUGCUAGGAAGAACUGUGUGGUGAAGAACUUGGAGGCCGUGGAAACGUUAGGCUCCACAUCAGUGAUCUGUUCAGAUAAGACGGGAACACUGACCCAGAACAGGAUGACUGUGGCUCACCUUUGGUUUGACAACAAGAUUCAUGCUGCUGAUACCACUGAAGAUCAGUCUGGUCAGAGUUUCGACCAGUCAUCAGAAACGUGGCGCUCUCUGGCCAGAGUGGCAUCUCUGUGCAACAGAGCAGUAUUCAGACCUGACCAGGAAGGAAUACCUAUCCCUAAGCGGCUCGUGGUGGGAGACGCAUCUGAGACGGCGCUACUGAAGUUCACUGAGCUCACUAUAGGCAACAUCAUAGACUACCGUAACCGCUUCAAGAAAGUGGUGGAAGUGCCCUUCAACUCUACCAACAAGUUCCAGCUGUCCAUACAUGAACUGGAGGAUCCGUUGGACCUGCGCUACCUGCUGGUGAUGAAGGGAGCCCCAGAGCGAAUUCUAGAGCGCUGCUCCACUAUUUUGAUAAAAGGCCAGGAGCUACCUCUGGAUGAGCAGUGGAAGGAAUCUUUUCAGACGGCUUACAUGGACCUGGGAGGACUGGGAGAACGAGUGCUGGGUUUCUGCCACCUCUACCUCAAUGAGAAAGAGUAUCCACGUGGCUUUCAAUUUGACGCCGAUGAGAUGAAUUUCACCACGUCAGGAUUGUGCUUCGCCGGUCUCAUCGCCAUGAUUGACCCCCCAAGAGCCACCGUACCCGACGCCGUGAUGAAAUGCCGUACUGCUGGCAUCAGGGUUGUCAUGGUGACCGGGGAUCAUCCAAUCACAGCAAGAGCCAUAGCGGCCAACGUUGGCAUCAUCUCAGAAGGCAGUGAAACAGUGGAGGACAUCGCCCAGAGGAAACGCAUACCUGUGGAACAAGUCAACAAGAGGGACGCCCGCGCCUGUGUGAUCAGUGGUGGUCAGCUCAAAGACAUGACGAGCGAAGAGUUAGACGAGGCGCUGCGGAACCACCCGGAGAUGGUGUUCGCGAGAACGUCCCCUCAGCAGAAACUCAUUAUUGUAGAGAGUUGUCAGCGUUUGGGCUCCAUCGUGGCUGUAACAGGCGACGGCGUGAACGACUCUCCCGCUCUGAAGAAGGCUGAUAUUGGCAUCGCCAUGGGGAUCGCAGGUUCAGAUGCGGCCAAGAACGCUGCCGACAUGAUCCUACUGGACGACAACUUCGCUUCUAUUGUCACUGGAGUGGAGCAGGGCCGUCUUAUCUUUGACAACCUAAAGAAGUCCAUUGCCUACACGCUGACCAAAAACAUUCCUGAGCUGACUCCGUAUUUGAUCUACAUCACCGUCAGCGUGCCUCUUCCUCUGGGCUGCAUUACCAUCCUCUUCAUCGAACUGGCCACUGACAUUUUCCCCUCUGUCUCUCUGGCUUAUGAGAAAGCAGAGAGUGACAUCAUGCACCUGAAGCCCAGGAACCCACGGCGUGAUCGCCUGGUAAACGAGCCCCUGGCUGCGUACUCAUACUUCCAGAUAGGGGCCAUUCAGUCUUUUGCAGGUUUUACAGAUUACUUCACAGCCAUGGCGCAGGAGGGCUGGUUUCCACUCCUGUGUGUCGGCCUGCGGUCUCAGUGGGAAGACGUCCAUCUUCAAGACUUACAAGAUAGUUAUGGACAAGAAUGGACCUUCAGUCAGAGGUUGUACCAGGAAUACACGUGCUACACUGUGUUCUUCGUCAGUAUAGAGAUCUGUCAGAUCUCAGAUGUGCUGAUCAGGAAAACCCGACGUCUCUCAGUGUUCCAGCAGGGCUUCUUCAGGAACCGUGUCCUGGUGACUGCUAUAGUUUUCCAGCUCCUUCUUGGUAACCUGCUUUGUUACUGCCCUGGGAUGCCUAAUAUCUUCAAUUUCAUGCCUAUCAGAGUCCAGUGGUGGUUUGUUCCUCUUCCAUACGGUAUUUUAAUCUUUGUCUACGACGAGAUCAGAAAGUUAGGAGUAAGAAGAUAUCCAGGAAGUUGGUGGGAUCAGGAAUUAUACUACUGAGACCAGGGAGCCUCUUCCAUUCACGCAUUCAUCCACAUGUCACAAGCAGACUGCUGCAAAACCAAAAGAUUUCACCUACUUCAACUUUCAUCUGUAUGUUGUGUUCCACAUUUUUGACUGAGGCUGAAUUGUGCUCAAACAAAUAAAGAUGUUUAUGACCA